UUCCAGCCCCACGUCACCGCCUCUCCAUUUAAACACCACAUCAGCCUUUAAAUAGGGAGCGAGCCGCGGAGCGCGGGCUGGGAGGUGCAUGCGUCCGCGGCGGAGGCUGGGAGACAGGCAGCUUGUCUCUCGGAUCCUGAACGGGCUUUCGUGUGGGUCUUUUUUUUGUCCCGUUCCCUUGCCGUCCGCGCUGCCUGGCCCUGUCGCCACUGGCCUGCGGAGCUGCGGUGCUUUCUGCUGGCUGGGGUGUCUCCUAGCCGAUGUGAAUGGAUUUACCCUUGCAUUUACGCAUUGCACUGACAGUUUUCGUCCUCUCCUGCAUUCCAAACGCCUAAAUUGUACAGAUCUGUAAUUGAAGAUGUCAUCAAUGAUGUCAGAGAAGUUUUUCUGGAUGAAGGAGUGGAUGAACAAGUUCUUAUGGAACUUAAAACACUAUGGGAGAACAAGCUGAUGCAGUCCAAGGCUGUAGAUGGUUUCCACUCAGAAGAGCAGCAGCUUUUGUUGCAGGUGCAACAGCAGCAGCAGCAACAGCAACAGCAUCAUCACCACCACCAUCAUACACAACCUCAGCCGCAGCAGACUGUGCAGCAGCAGUCUCAGCCACAACAGGUCCUUAUUCCAACAUCUCAGCAAGCACCUCAGCAGCAGGUUAUUGUUCCAGAUUCCAAGCUGAUACCGCACAUGAAUGCAUCAGGCAUGAGUGCUGCAGCCACUGCAGCUACGUUGGCUCUCCCUGCUGGAGUUACUCCUGUUCAGCAGAUACUUACAAAUUCAGGCCAAAUCCUCCAAGUAGUUAGAACUGCAAAUGGAGCUCAGUACAUAAUUCAACCACAGCAGCCCGUCGUUCUACAGCAGCAGGUCAUACCACAAAUGCAGCCUGGUGGAGUACAAGCACCUGUUAUACAGCAGGUUUUGGCUCCUAUCCCUGGAGGGAUUUCCCAGCAGACAGGAGUGAUUAUUCAGCCUCAGCAGAUCCUGUUUACAGGAAAUAAAACACAAGUCAUACCUACAACAGUGGCUGCGCCUACGCCUGCACAAGCACAGAUUCCUGCAGCUGGUCAGCAGCAACCGCAGCAGCAGGCACAACCACAAGCACCACUUGUUCUCCAAGUUGAUGGAGCAGGAGAUACAUCAUCUGAAGAAGAGGAAGAUGAGGAAGAAGACUAUGAUGAUGAUGAAGAGGAAGACAAAGAAAAAGAUGGAGGUGAAGAUGGCCAGGUUGAAGAGGAGCCUCUUAACAGUGAAGAUGAUGUGAGUGAUGAGGAAGGACAAGAACUGUUUGAUACAGAAAAUGUUGUUGUGUGCCAGUAUGACAAGAUUCAUAGAAGUAAAAACAAAUGGAAAUUUCAUCUCAAAGAUGGCAUCAUGAAUCUUAACGGAAGAGAUUAUGUGUUUUCCAAAGCCAUUGGGGAUGCAGAAUGGUGAAGUUUUAAAAGACAAAGCAAAAAAACUCCCUGUAAAAGGAAAACAAAGUCAAAAGCGGUAAAGGUUGAGACUUGGAUGUAUACUCCAAUCAAAAUGUGUAUCUGCACAUCAGAAAUAAACAGUAAACAGAAGUUUUGGAACAAAGAUAAAUUGUGGCAACAAGACACUACUUCAGAUGAGCAAGCCAUGGACUGUAGCAGCUAUAGCGUUGUCUGGGAGCUGGUUUUGUGUGUUAGGAAUACCUUAAUUAUCAAUUAAACAUACAGGUACCUACAGCUGGUAUUUAGCAUGUAAGGCUUUGUUCCCCCUCUCCCCUUCUUCCCUUAAGAUUUAAAAAGAAAACUUCCACUGAUUGAAGGAACUCUUCCCUUUGAUAGGUUAUUAAUCUGAAAAUGCUUAUCGUGUGUACAAAUCUUUGCUUUGAACACUUCCUUCUGGUAGUGAGGAUGGUCAGAAUGUUACAUAAACUGUGUGCAGGCUUUGUACAGAAGGGUAAGAAUUAAGGUGUUAAAUUUUAAAUAACUUGUAUAAGGAAAAUAUUUUUAAUUCUGAUAUGCUCUUUAAUUAUUGUAUCUAUUUGUUUUCAGUUCCCCAUAAACAGUUUUGUCGUUCCUAGCAGUUAAAAAUGGUAAAAUGAUCAUUUAUAUUUCCAAAUGAUUUUAAUUUCGUGUAAGUGAUGAUACCUUUUAGGGCUGUAUUUUUAAAAUUCUAAGCACCUGUAGCUCCCUCCCAUGGAAGUCAGACUGCUUAACUUGUUAGCUAUAUUUUUGCUGUUUGGUGGUAGCUCAGCAUCACUGAACUGAAAUGAUUAAUACAGCUUCUAUUGACUUUUUUUUUUUUUUUGUUUGUGUUUUGGUUUAAUUUUUUUUUUAAUUAAAAAGGCUUAGGAGACUUCUUGAAUCGAAUAUGUGGGUAAUGACAUAAAAGAUGCAUUCCGUCACCUGCUUAAUCUACGUAGAUAGUCCAGACAUCAACAAAUACUUAAACCACAAGAAUGACUACAUUUUUAAUAUAGGAAAUGACUGAAGAAUCUAACAUCCUGGCUGCAACUCUGUUAAUCAAAGAUCUGCUUUACUUAAAGGUAACCAUUUAACUUAGUUGCAGUUAAUCUCUAAAGUUUCCAAGUGGCAUGUAGUUUGAAGAAGAGAGCUGCACAGCUUUGAGAACACAAAUUUUAUUAGAGUAUCAUGAGACUGUCUCAGUAACAGAAAAUCAAGCAGUUGGAUGCACUAAACCUUGUGUAGUCACUUUUUCACUUGCCUUUUCCAGAGGGUUUUUUGGUGGUGAAUUUUUGUUUGAGUUUUUAAUUUUUUUGUGAAAAGCAACAAGGUUGCUCCUUCUUCUCUCCUCCCAAGAAGUGAAACCUCUCUUUUUUCAUGGAUGUAUUAUUCUUCCAAACCCUACUUUUGAAAAAACAGUUACUUUUGAAUGAGGAGAAGGAAUGGACAUGACACUGCAGAAACUGAGUUCAUGUGGCUCACUAUUUAAGAAUUUUUGUCUUUCAUUGGGUGCUUGGAAAUGUGAUGAUAAAGGGAUGCAGAGAAGAUCAUUUUAACUGAAUUGGGAAGGACUAUUCAGAAGCAGACAUCUGAAACAUCAUUUCUGACCUUUUUUUGCUUAAGAAUUAAAACUUCUGAACAUUAUUUAACAACACCACAAGUAUAUUUUAUCAGUGUGUAACAACUGUUCUAAUUUUCAUUCUCUGAUUUACUUGCCUCCAAGUGCAUUCUCAGUAGUACAUAGAAAACUCAGAACACAUUGUAAAGAGGGUUUGUUGGGUUUUUGUUUUGUUUUUCUCUGUGGUUUUCCAUACCUGUGCUCUUCUUGGUGCGGACUAAAACUGCCUAUAGACUAUGUCUGGAGCUAUAUAGUUGUUAGUAAGCCAUCUACACAUAUAAGCUUUAUGAAAGGUUAAUUGAUGUUUCUUCUAAUUCAUUCUUAAGUAAUGGAAUCAUCAUUUAGAGUGUAUUUUUGACUUGGGACUUCAAGUUAUCUCAAACUGAUGUUUGCUUUCCUCUGAACAAAGCAGAUCUUUUGGUUCAUUUUUCUACCACUGUUGACACGUUUAUAUAUGAUUGCAAUGAAAUCAAUAAUGUACUAACUAGUUCCUUCCCUCACUUUUUCCAUAUCUGUUACCAAUAAGUCUUAGGUAGUGGAUUUCAGUUGAAUUCCCAUAACGCUGCACAGCCAAACCAAUAAAAGGGAAGAGAAAAAAAAAUCCCUUUAGCUGUUGAUUGCUGUUUAUACUUCUGGAACCCAGAUUACUUCCACAACACUUUAUUUUCAUACAUCUUAGUGAUUUUUAUUUUUUUUUAAUCUUCUUUUCACCCUCAUACAUAUUAGAAAUGCAUAGCCUUUUUAUUUAUUUUUAAGGGAUAGCAGAACUGUAACGGUAACUUACGCUUAGCCUGUUCUGAAGGAUACUAAAAGCUUUCUGAACAUGCACAGUCUCUUGCAAGCUAAUUGUAUGGUAUGCUUUUUCAGACAAGAGGUUUUGUCUUCUAAUAUAAAUACCUGUGAAGUUUUCAGAAAGCCAGUCAAAUACGAACACACCAAACUGUGCUCUUAUUGCUACAUCAAGUGUUCCUUUUUUUUAAAAAUCAAAAAGCAUGUUUUAAUUUCAUUUUAUUGUAGCAGCUUGCUGUAAGAAUGUAGUUUGCUUAAUUUUAUUAUUGUACUUGAAUUUUUAAUCAUGGUUUUAGCAAUGUAACUGAACAGAUCAUUUCAUGAGGUUCCAAAGAAACCAUUCCUUUCAGAGGGCAAGGGAUUCCCAUGUUCAUAAAUUAAUUUUUUCCCUGUCUGGGUUUUUUUUCCCUGCUUGAGGGUUGCUUGUUUUGUGUUGUGGUUUUUCUCCCCAUUUAAGUAGUUCAGUAUUAUGGAAACAAUGAUUUCAAGAGGGCUUAUGUUAAAAUUUGCACAGAUAAUGGAGCACCUUUUUCUGAUGGAAAAAAUGGGGAAAGAUAACUUUAUAAUUAUAACCACAAAGGCUGAUGGAAACUUGUAGAGCACCUGGGCAAAAUUAGGAAUCCUGUGCCUUUUCAGUUUGCAGAAUAUGUGUUUUGCCAGGAUGAUAAUACUUUUUUUCUUGAUUCCUGAGAGAGUAAUUUUCCUGCAGUGCAUCAAUCAGAAAAGCAACAUUUUGUCUUUAAUUCUGUUGGGUUUUAGUGUGUGCAAUCAUUUUAAGACAUCUAAGUAAAAACAAAUUGAAAUAUGUUUUCUGUUAAGGAGAUAGAGAAUUUAGUCAAAUAAGGAACUUUAUAUUGGGCUAUUUAAAUAAGACAUGUUUUUAUUCCCCCUCAGUUGCUGGUUAGCAACAGAUUUCUGUGAGGCUUCAUACUCCUUGGUUUACUGCGUUGUGUUCACAAGUUGCAUUUGAACAUCGUUCAGUUUCCUAAACACGAUCUCAAGUGAUAAUUGUGGUCCGAGUUUGUUUCCAAGAAUAUGAUGCAUGAUUCUGAGGCACAGUUGCUAGGAAAGAGCAAAGAACAUGUGUCAUGUAACAGAUCUUUUUAAUAAAUGUACUCUCUAUUUCUGCUGUGCAAUUAGGAGUGUUAAAGUUAAUUUCUUUGAGUCUGUGGAAGUGAUUCUACCACUUGACAGCAGUAAUUAUGUCACCACAUAACACUACCAGAGUAGAAUUUCUUAAUUCCAGUGAAGGAGUUAGAGACCUUAUUACCUAAAGUUUAUUUCAGUCUAAUCUCUUCAAUUGCUAAAAGCUCCUUUGAAAGAAACAAGUCCUCCCCAUAUUUAUCCCAAAGCAAAAGCUUCCUAAAAGAAUGCAGUGAGAUGUCAGGAAGUGAACAAUGGCUUUAGCAUAAUGCACACUGGAUUGAUACCACGCUGUCUUGCACAGCAUUGUGGGGUUCACUCUGUGCCACCCCAUCCAUGCACCCUCAACUCAAAUUCAAGUUCGUUUCAGGAGUUCAGGUUUAUGACUAGACAAGAUGAGCUAACCUGCGUAUUGUUAUGUAUUGGUGUCUGGCAUUUGAAGUCUUGUUUUCCCAUUGCUGUGAUUGGUUGGGAAAUGUGUAAAAACCAGUCCGUUGGUUUCCCUGUUGUCUACUUUCUUCAAGCAGCUCAUAGAGUGUACCUCUUAAUUAUUAUUUGGUGGAUUAGACAUGGUGGAACAAAAGGAGCUUUGUUUUUUUAAUAGGAAGAACUACCUUGGGUUACCUAUAUGUACAGUCAUCCAAUGAGACAUAUUCCAGAGUGCAUAGGGUACCAAUAGAUUAUGGAGUGGGGGAAUAUCCUUUUUUGCUGUUCUGAGCUACUAUUGUCAACUGCUGUUGUACAUAUACUGUUAUGUGUAAGGGGGUAAAUAUAUUUAUUAUGUUUGUAAAAUUCAUUCUGUACAAUUGCAGAUCAAGGUUGCUCCUCUGUGAUAUACAGGAUAUUAUGUUUCAAAGGCCAUGCUUGGAAUACGAUUAGAGAACUUAGUAUUUUGAUGUACUAAGACCUAUUUUAAGUUUAAUAUUUUGCCUUUGCAAAAACUUUAAUUAAAGAUGUUAUUUAAAAA